AUGGCCAGCUCAGCUUCCCUGGAGACCAUGGUGCCCCCGGCCUGCCCGCGCGCGGGAGCGUCCCCAGCCACUUCUAAAACACUAGCCUUCUCCAUCGAGCGCAUCAUGGCCAAGACGUCCGAGCCCCGAGCGCCUUUUGAGCCCCGGCCUGCUGCACUAGAGGCAGACAGCAGCCAGAGCAAGAAACUGCUCAACCUCUGCUCGCCACUGCCCUGUAUGAUCCCCCUCCAGCCUCUAGGCUAUGAGGUGCCGUCCAAGACACUACUCAGUUACUCGGAGUUCUGGAAAAGCAGCCUCCGGGCGGGCGGCGGUGGAGGAGGAGGCAGCGGCGGGGGGGCCCCAGUGUGCGGCGCCAGCGGCUUGUGCAAAACCAACUGUGGCGUGUGCUGCAAGGCCGAACUGGGCCUUGCGCCGUCUGCGCUGCCGGCGGGCAGGGUCAUCAAGCCGCAGGUCAUCAACCAGGCGGUGGGGCUGCCGGCCAGUGGCUCGCUCUACUACUUCAACUACCUGGACUCCACUGCUUACCCACCAUCGGAGCUCCUCGGCAGCCACCUUUUCCCUUCUGGCCUCCUCAACGCACAGGCCCCCACUUCCCUGGCUGCUCACCCCAAGCUUUUUCUGCUGGAGAACGCCAAACUGGCCAGCCUGACUGCGGACAAGUUCCCCCAUCCAGCUCCCUAUCCCCACAAGGAGCGCUUGCCUGCGCCGCUGGAGCAGGUGCUGAAGGAGAACUCAGCCUUGACCGCUGACCGAGGGGUAGUCAAGAGCCACAACAAACUACCAGGGGGCUCUACUGACAGCAAACCCAAAAACUUCACCUGCGAAGUGUGCGGCAAGGUGUUUAAUGCUCAUUAUAACCUCACCCGCCACAUGCCUGUCCACACCGGAGCUAGACCGUUUGUGUGCAAAGUCUGUGGCAAAGGCUUCCGCCAGGCCAGCACUCUCUGCAGACACAAAAUUAUCCACACCCAGGAAAAACCACAUAAGUGUAACCAGUGCGGCAAAGCCUUCAAUCGCAGCUCCACACUCAACACACACAUCCGCAUCCACGCGGGCUACAAGCCCUUCGUCUGCGAAUUUUGCGGCAAAGGCUUUCACCAAAAAGGCAACUACAAGAACCACAAGCUUACCCACAGCGGCGAGAAGCAGUACAAAUGUACCAUCUGCAACAAGGCCUUUCACCAGGUCUACAAUCUGACCUUCCACAUGCACACGCACAACGACAAGAAGCCUUUCACGUGCGCCACUUGCGGCAAAGGCUUUUGCAGAAACUUUGACUUAAAGAAACAUGUGCGCAAACUUCAUGACAGCGUGGGUCCCGCCACCGCCCCCUCUGCAAAGGACAUGGCCAGGACAGUUCAGAGCUGA